GUACAUGUUCAGUUUUAUUUUAAUUUUUCGUUCGUAGAUAAUGCAAGUGGCCAGUGUGUCUGCUCGUUGGUCUUUUAGUUGUUUCAUAGUUUAGUAAUUUUUAUUUUAUUCAACAAUACGAAAUGAAAAUAAAUAAACUUAUAGUUUAAAACAGUGUUUAAAAAAUAUAAUAAAACUUUGGAAGCCUGCAAAAGAAAAACAUUUUGUAAAAGGUCAGCUACAGCUUCUGUCGCCCUGCUCCUAAAUUUUCCCCCCUUUAUCUGUCCAUUUCCACUUUUUUAUUAUUUUCCUUCGAGUCGAUGAGACGGCAAGUGUUUUUAUCAUCGUAGAUUUCCGUGCGAGCGAGCGAGUCGACCGGCGUUCGGUUAAAUUUUGAGUUUUGUGGAUAAAAAAGAAAGAUACAUAAAAUUUUCUAUUGAGUUUAGUUUAGUUUUUUUUUGUUUUUCAAUUCUAAAGAAAUAAAAGAAAAGCGGUCAGUCGACUCGACGACGUGUGUGACUGAACGACUGCUUGAACGUCCCACUCGUCUUCGUCUCGUCGUUGUGUCUCUUUUAUUUCCUUUUAUAUUUUAUUUUAUAAAUGAAAAUCAAUUCAUCCAACAAAGUUCGAAAAAGUUCAUUUUGCAACUCGCCGAAGCCGAAGGGAAUUUGUGUGGAAAUUUCUUGACUGCCUACUGCCAAGUGCCAGGCCAGGAAAAGUAAAAGGAAAUUAAAAGAAAACUCAAUUUAUAAAAAAUCGUUAGAAAAAUAGCAGCAAGGAAAAAGUUUCCUACAUUUUGAAUUCGUGAUUUGCCAGUUUGCAGUUUGGUUUCUUUUCUUUUGAAUUGAAUAUUAGUCGUCUAUCACUAGGUUCUUUUUCGUUGCGUUGGUUUCUUUAUUGAAAGAAAAAUUUUCGGUUUUGCUAGCAACUGCGGCGGAGCGUCUUGGAAGACGUCGACGACGGCGACGACGACACGGUGUAACGAAAAAAUGACGGAAACAUACGAUGGUAAUGGCGACUAUUCCUCCUACAACGACGACGAGAGUGAUUACAAGAGAAAAGGGGGCGGCGGUAACGCUGGUGGCGGAGGACCUCAUCCAUCACACAAUGGGGACAACUCGAAUCAUGACCAUCAUUCGGGCGAUGGGCCCCAGCUGAAUGACAAAGCUAACGAAUACAUUCGUGAUUGCCUGACUGAAAAGAACCGCAUGGACAAGAAGUAUCCAAUUGCUGAGAAACUACUUGAAAGCGAAAUUGAAAAGGUGCAGUCCACAGGCCGUAUACCAUCGCGUGAUCAAAAAUAUGCCGAUAUCUAUCGUGAGAAACCUUUGAGAGUAUCACAAAAAGUACUUGUGCCUAUACGCGAGCAUCCAAAAUUCAACUUCGUGGGCAAGCUUCUUGGUCCCAAGGGUAAUUCUCUACGUCGACUUCAAGAAGAAACUCUCUGCAAAAUGACUGUACUCGGCCGAAAUUCAAUGCGAGAUCGUGCUAAAGAAGAAGAGUUACGUGCCUCGAUGGAUCCCAAGUAUGCCCAUUUGAAUAGCGAUCUACAUGUGGAAAUUUCUACAAUAGCACCACCAGCUGAAGCAUAUGCUCGAAUAGCAUACGCAAUGGCCGAAUUGCGAAAAUAUCUUAUACCGGAUAGUAACGAUGUUAUACGACAAGAACAAUUGCGUGAACUAAUGGACAAUACUGGAAUUUCGGAUCACGAUCCGAAAUCAUUCAACAAAAAGACAUCGGCUGUGAGUGGCGGUGGUGGUGGUGGUGGUGUAGGAGGCGGCGGUGGUGGUGGAGGUGGAGGAGGCAUUGGUGUCGGUGGAGUAGGAGCUACUGGAAGCAGCAGCGGUGGUGGCUCUCACAUGACAUCCAAACCAAAUGUUUCACAUCAUGGAUAUAGGCAACAACCUCCGCAGCAACAACAACAACAACAGCAGCAGCAACAACAGCAGCAACCGUCCUUUGCAAAGAACUCAAUACCCCCAAAGCAGAAAGUGAUGUCUAUAUUGGAAAAGGCUCGCAGUGCUAUGGACGAGUCUUAUAGUCGCGGAUAUGACGAACAAACAGCCUAUGAACCACAAACAUAUGACAGCUACAGCUACGGCCAUGCACAAACGCAUGGACCGCCCCAUGGACAAACAUCUCGAACACCAUACGACACACAGGAAUAUGAACAGGAUUACAAUCGACGAGACUACUAUCAGCAUUCACCCAAUUAUGGAGGACCAGGUGCAUCAUCUCAACACUCGGGCAAUACAAAUCCAACGGGGGGUCUAAAUCCAAAUCACAAUCGUAGUCACGUUAACAGGUGAAACAUAUUCGCAGCUGGUCAUGUUAGUAAUACGGUAGGAGGAGUAGGAGGAGUGAAGGUAGCCACCGCUGGUGGCGUUAGUUCAUCAGCUAUAACCGUAUCAUCAGCAGCGCCGACGAUGCUGUCCCAAACACAGCAACACCAACAACAGCCACAAUUACAACACCAACAACAACAACAACCCCCACCAUCUAACUUAAGUACGACAACAGUAACAACAACAAUAAAUAACAGUAACAAUAAUGAAACGAUAACGGGCAAUUCAAAUUCAAAAAUUCAACAACAACAACAACAAAACAAUAACAGAAUUCAGGGUCCAGCUGCUGCAACAAAUUUACUAUUUGUAAGACCGGCAAAUGCUUCGCUUCACGUCGGUAAAUUACCAUUUCUGCCUGUGCAGUUUCUAUAAACAAAAAAAUAAAAUAAAAA